AUGUCAUUGAUCGAUGUACAGUACCCUGCCUGGUGCCAGGAUGAUGAAGUACCAGUCACAAGAACAGAACUCAAGGACAUCUUUGAGGAUCUAAGCCAAAAAUUUGGUUUCCAACAAUCGUCCAAAGAGAACAUGUUUCAUCACCUCUUGGCUCAAUUGGAUUCCCGCGCAAGCCGCUCGAACGCCCAAAUGGCACUGAUUACACUCCACGCUUCGUAUAUCGGUGGAGACGAGGCAAACUUCAAGAAAUGGUAUUUUGCCGCCCAGUUGGACCUUGACGACGAGAUCGGUUUCCAAAACAUGAAACUUCACGGGAAAUCAAAGAAGCGCAACUCUGACUAUGCCAAGAAAAGAGGAGUGUCUAUUGAAGAACAGAUUGUGCAAUGGAAAGACCGAGAAGAAGAAUUUAUCAAAAGUCAUCCCAAAAUCUCAUUGACGCCAGCUCAGCUCAAAGACGACAAAAAUUAUAAAAUCGCUGACUAUAAAUGGAAGCUGAAGAUGCGAGAGCUAGAGCCUGCGCAAAUGGCGCGGCAAUUGGCUCUUUAUUUUUUAUGCUGGGGGGAAGCAAACCAGAUAAGAUUUACGCCGGAAUGUCUAUGCUUCAUCUUCAAAUGCGCUCUUGAUCACGAUCUAAGUACAAAUGAUGAAUGCCAGCAAGUAAGACCAGAGCACUCUUAUUUAAAUGAAAUCAUCACACCUUUAUACAAAUUUUUGAGAUCUCAAGUCUAUGAUGUUGAUAUCAAAAAUGGUAAAUUAACAAGACUAGAAAAAGAUCACAAAAACAUAAUCGGCUAUGAUGAUGUAAACCAACUAUUUUGGUACCCCGAAGGCAUUGAAAGGCUCUUACUCGAAUCGGGUGAGCGACUGGUAGACAAGCCCCGUGAUCAAAGGUACUUGCUUCUCAAAGAUGUCCAAUGGACCAAAGUUUUCUACAAGACUUACAAAGAAACAAGGACAUGGAUGCAUUGCGCUACAAAUUUCAAUCGUAUUUGGAUUAUUCAUUUGUCAUCUUUUUGGUUCUUCACCUCUUUCAAUGCUCCAACACUCUACACUAAGGAUUACGUUCAAUUGUUAAACAACCCUCCAACCCCGCAGGCUAAAUUAUCCGCAGUUGCUCUUGGAGGAACUGUCACUUGUCUUAUUCAAAUAGUGGCUACUAUAUUUGAAUGGAGCUUCGUACCUAGACAAUGGCCAGGUGGUCAACACUUAACUAGGAGAAUGAUGGGCUUGCUACUUUGUCUUUUCAUAAAUAUUGCUCCAUCCAUAUAUGUCUUUGGGUUUUUCGACUUGGAUGUCCAUUCUGGUUACGCUUACAUUGUGUCGAUCAUUCAGUUGGUGAUUGCAAUAAUUACUACUCUAUUUUUCGCUAUCAGACCAUUAGGCGGUUUAUUCGGAUCGUAUUUGCGCAAAGGACAAAAGAGGAGACGAUACUCGUCAUCACAAACUUUCACUGCCCAGUUUCCAAAAUUGACUGGGCGUAGUAAAUGGUUUUCAUGGGGGCUAUGGCUUUUUGUUUUUGUGGGCAAGUUCAUAGAGUCAUACUUCUUCCUUACAUUAUCUUUGAGAGAUCCUCUGCGUGUCUUGUCUAUCAUGGACAUGAGUAGAUGCAAGGGAGACACGCUAUUAAGCACUCAUCUUUGUCGCCUUCAGCCGAAAAUUACUCUCGGAAUUAUGAUACUGACAGACUUGGUUCUGUUUUUCCUUGAUACCUACUUAUGGUACAUCAUUUGCAAUUGCGUAUUCUCAAUCAUCCUGUCCUUCUCUUUGGGCACAUCGAUACUGACACCUUGGAAGAAUAUCUAUUCCAGAUUACCGAAACGUAUACAUUCGAAAAUCUUGGCAACCUCGGAGAUGGAUGUCAAGUACAAACCGAAGAUUUUAGUCUCUCAAGUAUGGAACGCGAUCGUCAUCUCAAUGUACCGCGAACACUUAUUAUCAAUUGAACACGUACAGAGGCUACUUUAUCAACAAGUGGAUUCUAUGACUCAUGACAAGAGAGCAUUGAAGUCGCCUACUUUCUUCGUUGCCCAAGACGACUCAACUUUUAAAUCGAUGGAGUUUUUCCCAGAGAACUCGGAAGCCGAGCGACGUAUUUCUUUUUUUGCCCAAUCACUGUCCACUCCCAUUGUUGAACCAAUGCCCGUUGAGUGUAUGCCAACUUUUACUGUCUUGAUCCCUCACUACUCAGAAAAGAUUCUUCUGUCACUAAAAGAGAUUAUAAAGGAAGAAUCCAGCAAAUCCCGCAUUACCUUGCUGGAGUACCUUAAACACUUGCAUCCUAAUGAAUGGGAGUGUUUUGUUCGAGACACAAAACUCUUGGCUGUGGAAACGAAUAUGGAGCUCAGUGAUGGUCCAGAUAAUGAAGAAGAUUCACUCAAAAAAAGUCUCAAUGAUUUCUCAAAGGAUGCUGAUGACAGAUUCAGAUUUAUUCAAAGUAAGAUCAAAGAUCUACCUUAUUAUUGCAUGGGAUUUAGCAAAUCAGAUCCUGAAUAUACAUUGAGGACAAGAAUCUGGGCGUCUUUACGAUUUCAGACACUAUACAGGACUAUUACGGGAUUUAUGAACUACUCAAAAGCCAUCAAACUCCUUUACAGAAUUGAAAAUCCUACAAUGGUUCAAGCUUAUGGAACAAAUUUCGAAGCCAUGGAAAGUGAAUUGGAAAACCUGUCGAGGCGAAAGUUCAGAAUGGUGGUAGCGAUGCAAAGGUUGACUAGCUUUGAUAAAGAUGAAAAAGGAGCUACUGACCUACUGAUGAGAGCUUUCCCAGAUAUGUGCAUUUCUUACCUGGAGGAAGUUUGUCAAUCCGAAGGCGAACCGCAUUUCUAUUCCUGUUUGAUCGAUGGCCAUUGUGAUGUUGAUGAAGAGACUGGUGACAGGAUCCCACAAUAUAGAGUUCGUCUUUCAGGUAACCCUAUCCUUGGGGAUGGGAAGUCUGAUAAUCAGAACCAUUCCUUAAUAUUUUACCGAGGAGAAUACAUUCAAGUUAUUGACGCAAACCAAGAUAAUUAUUUGGAGGAAUGUUUAAAGAUUAGGUCAGUUUUGAGUGAGUUUGAGGAGCUUGAUAUGGAAGAGAACAUUCCUUAUAUUCCCGGAAUCGAGUACAACGAGAGGGCUGCGCCAGUCGCGAUUGUCGGUGCUCGAGAGUAUAUAUUUUCUGAAAACAUCGGGGUCCUCGGAGACAUAGCCGCAGGCAAGGAGCAGACUUUUGGGACACUUUUCGCUAGAACUUUAGCUGAAAUUGGUGGGAAAUUACAUUAUGGUCAUCCCGAUUUCUUGAAUGGUAUAUUUAUGACAACUAGAGGUGGGAUUUCCAAAGCUCAAAAGGGCUUGCAUCUUAACGAAGACAUCUAUGCAGGAAUGUCCGCGAUCUGUCGCGGUGGUAGAAUUAAACAUAGUGAUUAUUACCAGUGUGGAAAGGGCCGCGACCUCGGAUUUGGGUCUAUUUUGAACUUUACAACAAAGAUUGGUGCUGGAAUGGGGGAGCAACUUCUGUCAAGAGAAUACUAUUACCUUGGAACUCAGCUACCAAUUGAUCGCUUUCUCUCGUUUUUCUAUGCUCAUGCAGGAUUUCACUUGAACAACCUAUUCAUUACUUUGUCCGUUCAAGUGUUUUUUGUGCUACUAAUAAAUCUCGGGUCCUUAAACCAUGAGACCAUCAAAUGUGAAUACAAUAGAGAUUUACCGAUUACGGAUCUUCAAAGACCUAUUGGUUGCUAUAAUAUCGAACCAGUGCUACAUUGGGUAACCAUUUUCGUGUUAUCUAUUUUCAUCGUCUUCUUCAUCGCAUUUGCUCCAUUAUUGAUCCAGGAACUUCUUGAAAAGGGAGCCUGGAAAGCCUUUUCGAGGUUUAUACAUCAUUUACUUUCUUUGGCGUCCUUCUUCGAGGUGUUUGUUUGUCAAAUCUACGCCAGUGCGCUUCUCACAAAUGUAACAUUUGGAGGGGCUAAAUACAUUUCAACUGGAAGAGGUUUUGCUAUUACAAGACUUGAUUUUCCUGAGCUAUACUCAAAAUUUGCGUCUAGUUCGAUCUAUUCUGGCUCCAAAAUAUUUCUAAUGCUGGUGUUUGCCACAAUAUCGAUGUGGCAGCCAGCGUUGCUCUGGUUUUGGAUAACUGUAAUUUCCAUGUGUCUGGCGCCAUUUCUAUUCAAUCCCCACCAAUUCACGUUUACUGAUUUCUUUGUAGAUUACAGAAAUUUUAUUCACUGGCUGUCUCGAGGAAAUGCCACAUUUGAGGGGAACUCAUGGGUGGAGUAUGUGAGAAGUUCAAGAGCCAGGUUUACGGGCUUCAAAAGUAAGCUUAUUGAGGAUGUUUCUGAGAAAAGUGCGCGUGAAACUAAGAGAGCUCAAAUUACAGAUAUAUUUGUGGCUGAGAUUCUGAUUCCACUCUGCGCAGUCGGAUUAAGUUUUACAGCUUACACUUUCAUCAACUCACAGACGGGUGUCGCUUCUGUCGGAGCAACAAGCUCAAUUAUAAGACUUGGAAUCGUGACAUUUUUGCCGAUAAUAGCCAACAUGGGCAUGCUCUUAAUAUGCUUCACUCUAUCCUGUUCUGCCGCGCCACUCUUAUCACUGUGUUGUAAGAAAACAGGUUCUACGAUAGCCGCUGUUGUGCAUGCGUUCUCUGUGAUAAUGUACUUGAUCGACUUCGAGGUGAUGUGGUUUUUGGAGGGAUGGAGCUUUACGCGGGCACUAUUGUUGCUGAUAACGUGCAUCAAUUUCCAAGAGCUCAUCAUAAAGGUGAUCACUGUGUUCUUACUCACGCGAGAAUACAAGAACAACAAGUCUCAUUUGGCAUGGUGGUCCGGAAAGUGGUAUAACACGGGAAUGGGGUGGUCCGUUGUGUUUCAGCCCACAAGAGAGCUUUUCGUUAAGACCAUCGAGUGCAGUCUUUUCGCUAGCGACUUCAUUUUAGGACACAUGCUGAUGUUUGUACAGCUGCCCUUAGUAUGCCUACCAUUUGUCAACUACUGGCAUUCUAUGAUACUCUUUUGGAUGAAACCUAAGAACUUGAUUUCAAAGAAGCUUGCCUAUACAAAGAAACAGAAGGAAAGAAGAAGGCGGAUCGUGCGCAGGUACUUCCUGCUGCAUUUUGUCAUGCUCGUCGUAUUCUUGGGGCUGCUCGUGAGCCCAUUUUACGUUUCUCAAUACAUGCCGGUGGGGCCUGAAUUAUUCCACGGCUCGCUUUUGGAGGGCAUUGUCCAGCCAAACGGCCAGCAUAACAAUGAUACCGAUACAAGAGCUCCGGCUAAUAUCUUGACCACGACCCCACCUAUGCCAGUCUUCAAAACUGCGCCUUGA